GGGAGGGGAAGAUGAAAGGAUGGAGAGGAGAUAACAUCAGUCUUCGUCGUCAAGGUGUUACAGUUUGGGUGGCAUCGUCUGGAUCGAAAGGAUAUGGCCGACCGAUCCCGCUACCGCUCGCUUCGAAUCACCAGCGGAGGUGGAUGUGGCAGCAGCAGGAGAAGAAGCAGCAGCAGCAGCAGCAGCAGCAGGAUUAUGAUGCACGUCGUUCAAAUGCUCGCGGGAAGAAGAAGAUUGAAGGCUGCGUGUCGACGUCGAACGUUCUACCAUGCGGCCAAGAUCGGCAACCUGACCAGCCAUGACGAAGAGUCCCGCGACGACGUUGAUCUUGCCAUUGCAAAUGCCCCGAAGCAGGAGCAGCAGCGCCGGCAGCGACGCCUGCAGCAGCAGCAGCAGCAUUUAGAAGGAACAUGGUGCGGGCGAGUGUGUGACGACGCACGAGGCGAACGGACGAUGACAUUCUUCAGCGAGCAGUUCUCAAAACGGCACCCUGAGGAGAGAUUCCCGUGGGCGCAGACUGGAACAGUCGCCUGGUAGCCGGAAACAGGCCAAGUCCGGCAUUGCCACGUAUCUUGCUGCCGCUACUUCUUCCUGUGUGCUGCGAUUGCGAGGGCAAUGUGGCGACACAACCCUGUGUCAUGGAAACGUUUCCUUUCUGGUGCCGAUGCAUGCCACACCGCCUCAUUCUCCUCUCUCUGGUCUGUUCUGCAAGAGGCACCCGAGAGCACAGUAGCUCGCCUUGCCCACAGUGCCACUCACUGAUCUGAAUGUGCUCAAAGAAUACGCACAUCUCCUCCCCUCCCCUCCCCUCCCCUCCCCUGCGUUUGUGCAUCGCUGGAUAGGACCCCGUUCCGACCUCAAGCUGGGCCUUGACAAAUCUUCCUGAUCUUUCUCUCGGUCUUGAACUAUUCCUGCUUCUGGCUAGCCCUCGCUUUCCCUUUACAUGCAACUUCGACAGAUCUGCCUGCCUCAGUUUCCUUCCGCCGUAAUCAGAGGACAUGACUUCAAUUUCUCCUUUCUGAGUCUUGUCUUUCAAUCAGACAUUCCUCAACCCAGCGUCAACUGAUGUUUUGAGGUAUCAUCAGUUGGAUGUGAGUAAUUUGCUCGGGUGUCGAUCGAACUGCCGCCCCUUUCGCGAGUCGUUGAGCUCACGAGUUUGCCGCAUUCAGCAAGCAAUUAUGCUCGCGGAUCUGCCUAUUGCUGCUAGCUAUUGAUCACAACUUUGUAGAAUAUAUUGGACGCACCCUCUUUUUGUCUCCCCACAUCUACCCCACAAUUCAAGGAGGAUAGCAUUCUCGGCAGUCGAUACUCAACUUGCGUCAAGAUCCUCUUGAGUUGGAGAGUGUUCAAAGGAAGCACUCAUAAAGCUAGUGCCGCAGAAAACCAUGCUAUAUAGAAAACGGCUGCAGAGGUUUCGUCAGUGCUCAUGACUUGCUCUUGCGAAUUAGUCAUAUUGAUGCGCUGCACUAGAAAAUUUGACCUUACACAAUCCGCGACCGGACGCUCAGAACAAUGUUCUCAGGCAAGAUGAAGAAAAGUGCAGAAAUAUUGGUUUUAGUUGGACUUAAGGUUCUAGCUUUCGCAGCGAUCGACCCUUCCAAAUGAAUGCCCUUGAAUUCAGAUUACACGAAGGUUCGACUGCCCUGAAUUGCUAAGGAUGAUGUUGACGAGGGCCAGAGUGAAGGCAUUGGAGAUGGCCAGAGUUGAGAAUUGUGAACAUGGACAACCUCCGAAGGCCUAUUCUGCAAACAAACAUGUGAAGAUGGAUCCCAGUUUGUGGAGCGCGUUGCCGGAGCAUCUGGUCGAGAGAGUACUGGCGCGUUUGCCCUUAUCGAGUUUCUUUCGCUUCCGCUCAGUUUGCAAGACUUGGAACAACCUCAUGCAUUCCACCACUUUCCUGCAAGCUUACUCUGAGGUUCCCAGUCAAGAGCCAUGGUUUCUGAUGUUCACCGAUGACGACUACCGAGACGGAUCCACGUACGAUCCUACCCUCAACAAAUGGCAUCAUAUUCCUCUGCCAAGCUUACCGUGUGAUGAGGUGUUCUUCCCUGCUGCCGCCGCAGGAGGCCUUGUCUGCCUCGGCUGCUACGACGAUGGAUGGAAAAGAUUUGUGGUGUGCAACCCUUUGACAAAGAAGUGGAGAGAACUGCCGCCCAUGCUCAACCCUCCCUUCUGCUUGUACACGGUGGGCAUGGUGGUGGACAAAGAAACCAAAGCCUUCAAGGUUCUUGUGGCGGGGACGUGCGAGAUCUACGAAAUUUACGAAUCGUCGACCAACUGCUGGAAGAAAACAUGCAUUCUUCCGGCGGGGUUCUACCGAUGGCACCAUAGCAUUCUUUGCAACGGAUUUCUGUACUCGAGGCGGUUCCAGUUCGAUGGACUUGUUGCCUACGACAUUCGGGAGGGCGUUUGGAGCCAGAUCCAAGCUCCGAUGCCGCAUUCCUUCGAUUACCACGUUCUUGUGGAGUGUCAAGGAAGACUGUACACGGUGGGAGGACUACUGAAGAACGAAAUGACCAAAAGAAUCUGCAUUCUCGAGCUUCACACGAGCAAGUUGGAGUGGGUGGAGGUCGACCGCAUGCCGAGCAUGCUCUGCGAUGAGUUUCUCAAAGACGGAGCAUCUUUUAGUUGUACCGGAUACAGUGAUUUGGUUCUCAUUUACAUCACGGGUGGCCUCAGGGACAGGAUGGUUUUGUUAUAUGAAUUGUCGACUCGAAUUUGGCGUCGCUUGCCUCGUUGCUCAUUGCCAGAUCACCGUAUGAAAGAUGGCCUCCUGGACGGCAUUUCCUUCGAGCCUCGCUUAGAUGCUACAGUCUAAAGGGGUAUCCCCAUUGUCUGUGUUACCCUCAACUAUGCCCCGAGAUUUUGUACAAGAUCCCCCACCACAGUCAUGCUUUUUUUGCCGCUAUCCACCGGCAGGUUGCAGACACUAGUACAUGAGUAGGAGCUCAAGAGCUUCAUGUACCUCAUGUGACCAAUGUGCCAAUUACCGAGACCCGUGAGGCUCGAAGCAAUUAAAUUUGUCUUUCCG